UCGAUGACACUUUUAUAUCAGAUUAUAGAUGCACUAUACAUCCAAGAAAUUCAUCACUCAAAUGCCAGCCCCGGGGAUGGUACUUUCAUCAGCAUACAAGACUCUGCGUACCAAGUUGUGGUAUAGGCGCUUUUACAACCCAAUUUGAAUGCAUGGGAGCAUGCAGAAGUGUUGAAGCAUGCGGAUUCCCGGUGGAGAGCUCCCUCUGCCUGCUCAAGGUGUUUGCUGUCUAUGCCUACGAUCCCAUAGCGAAAGGUUGCUUUAUGGCGUACGACUGUUCUUUGUUUGGAAAUAAGUUCCCUACCGCCAGAGAAUGUCAACGAACUUGCGAAGGAGGACGAUUCGAAGCUCUGACUCAAAAAAUAGACUACGAUUCCCUUCUGGCUGCCGGGCAACAGAGAAUGGUCGGCCCACCAGGCUCGUUUCAGUCGCAAACACAAAUAGGCGGAUCCGGAGGGGUCGGGCUUUCACAAUUUCCAACCGGUCCAGGACAAUUGCCGGGAAGCACCCAAGUAUCGGGCUCAAAUGACAGUUGGAACACUUCUCUACAGCACCAAACAAGCUCGUCCCAGCAGUCAUCUGCUACUUCGCUGACAGGAACAACGAUUAGCUCGACGGAAAACGGACAACAGCAGGGAGGCCAUACGUCAACCGGGAGCCAGACUCUCAGCACAACCGCAGGUGGCACAACUCAUGUGACUGGGUCGCAGUCCAGUACUGGCGGUGGAGCUGUGGUCAUCCAAACAAUAAAUGGGACGCGUGCCAAUGCUUCGCUGAUGCCGGGAACGUACGGAAUGGGAGGCGCGACGCUGCCUGAGGGAAUCACGUGGCUAAGUCGGGCGCAGGGCUCGUUUCUCGGACGAACCAAUAAAACGUCUGGGGUACUUGCACGCGCCGAGUUCGUGUGGGAUGCACGUGCGGCACUCGUGCUGAAGUUCAGUCCGAGUUCGAGCACGCUCAUCUCGGGCUGA